GUUCAUUUGUUUAGGUAGAUAAAAGGCAAUUUAUAACCAUAUCAUGUAUUUCUUAUCUCCAUCUGAUACAUGAUGUCAGGUUUUGUGGAAGGGCAUAACCUUAAUAUGCUGUAUAUAAGGGCUGGACUUGUGACUGGAACUUCACUCCCCUGAGUCCAGCAACAAAAUCAACAUGAUGAAGUGGCUUGUGAUCCUGUCAGCCCUCGUGGCUUUCUCUGAAUGCCUCCAUAGGAUGCCCCUGAUCAAGGGAAAGACUACCAGGCAGACCCUGCAGGAGAAGGGAUUGUGGGAGGAGUUCAGGAAGAGUUACCCAUACAAUCCAAUGAGAAAGUUCACCCAGAGUGAUACUGAGAGCAUGACCAACGAUGCUGACAUGUCCUACUAUGGUGUGAUCUCCAUUGGCACCCCCCCUCAGUCCUUCAAGGUCAUCUUUGACACUGGCUCUUCCAACCUGUGGGUCCCCUCAGUCUACUGCUCCAGCCAGGCCUGUGAGAACCACAAGAAAUUCAACCCACAGUUGUCCUCCACCUUCAAAUGGACCAAUGAGCCUCUGUCCAUCCAGUACGGCACUGGCAGCAUGACUGGAUAUCUGGGCAAAGACACUGUUGAGGUGGGUGGCAUCUCUCUGCCCAACCAGUUGUUUGGACUUAGUCAAUCAGAGGCUACCUUCUUGUCCUACAUGAAAGCUGAUGGCAUCCUGGGACUGGCCUUCCAGAGCAUUGCCGUUGACAACGCCUUGCCUGUCUUCGACAACAUGGUCAAGCAGGGACUCGUGUCCCAGCCCUUGUUUUCCGUCUACCUGAGCAGCAACAGUGAGCAGGGCAGUGAGGUGGUCUUCGGUGGACUUGACAGCAGAUACUACACUGGAUCAAUCUCCUGGAUUCCUCUGACCUCUGCCACCUACUGGCAGAUCCAAAUGGACAGUGUUACCAUCAAUGGACAGGUUGUGGCCUGCUCUGGUGGCUGCCAGGCCAUCAUUGACACUGGUACCUCCCUGAUUGUUGGCCCAAACAAUGAGAUCAACAACAUUAAUUCCUGGGUUGGAGCCUCAACCAACCAGUACGGAGAUGCUACAGUGAACUGCCAGAACAUCCACAGCAUGCCUGAUGUCACCUUCACUCUCAAUGGACACGCCUUCACCAUCUCUCCACCUGCCUACGUCUCUCAGACCUACUACGGUUGCAACACUGGCUUUGGCCAGGGUGGCUCUCAACAGCUCUGGAUCCUGGGAGAUGUCUUCAUCAGGGAGUACUAUGCUGUCUUUGAUGCCCAGAGUCAGGCCGUCGGUCUGGCCAAGUCUGUGUAAUCAAAUAAGACACCAGAUGAAAUGUCUAUUUCCCUGUAGGGGCUUGUGUGAUUGAAGAUAAAAAAAAUUGGUGCAAACGGGACAUUGUGGAAAAUAUAGAUGUGAACAUGUUGUAGCCUUUGCAUUAAAGAA